GCUAGCUAAAAUCGCCUCCGUAUCGACCGUAAAAGGCUGUGCAAUCUUACAGAUUUUGCACAAACUCCUCAUUUCUACUCCCUUUAUCAAUUCGUGCAGCAUGAACCGCAUUAUCCUCGCUCUCGCAGCCCUCGUGGGCAGCGCCUCGGCCUUUGCGCCCGCCGUCGCGCCGCGCCCGGGGACGCAGCUGCAGGCCAGCAAGUUCGACGCCGGCGCGAAGGCCGCGGCGACGCUCGCCACGUCCCUGGCGCUCGCCGGCGCCGUGCUCACGCCCGAGGCCGCGUUCGCCGCCAAGGACACGGGCAUCUGCGCCGCGGCCCCCACGUCCGAGGUCUGCCGCCAGAGCAAGCAGGUGCAAUCUAAAGCCGCUGCCGCGCCCAAGAAGGCGGCUGCCGCGCCCGCGAAGGCCGCCGCGCCCGCGAAGGCCAAGCCGGCCGCGAAGAAGGCCGCGCCGAAAGCCAAAGCGCCGGCCAAGAAGAAGGUGUGUCGCGGCGUCCGGAGCCCCCUUCGCGUCGUCGGCGCGCCACGCAGACGUCCGAUCCUACUCGCGGGGCCUUGUCGCACGUCGCGUCGAUGGCGCGCUGCUUGAAUCUACGCCAGCCCCACGCCAUCACCUGGAGACGCCCUCGUCAGCUGAAGACGACCUAUUCGCUCCUCUACUCGUUCCUAACGCGCAGGCCGCCCCGAAAAAAGCAAAGAAAGCGGCCCCGAAAAAGAAGGCCGCCAAAAAGGCCCCCGUGCGCGCCCGCGUCCGCCUCCACGCGUCUCCGCGACGGCGCCUGUUCGAUGGCGUCUCCCUGCUGGCGUUCGCGCGUCCGGGACCUUGAUUUGCGAUGGUCGCGUCGAUGGCGUGCUGCUGGAGUCUACGCCAGACCUACGCCAGACCUACGCCAGCCCCCCACCAUCAACUGGAGACGCCCUCGUCCUACGUUCACAUCUAUUGUCCUCACACAGGCCAAGAAGAAGAGCGCGCCGAAGAAGAAGGCCGUACGCCUGCGGCGCACGAAUCACUUUUAGACUCCCCGCCCCCCUCUACGCUUCGACUCAUGAUGUUUUAUCCAUCGUAGGCACCGAAAAAGGCC